AUGAAGGAGCUUCUCACUGCCAUUGAGUCCUUGAAGGACCAGCUUCCCUUGCAACGUCUUGAUGUGGUGCUUACGUCCUUUAUUCACAACAGAGAGGUCUUGCUGCAGUCUCGCUCCAUCAACUUCAAGCUUGUGUCUACCCUUCUCUCUCACACUGUUCCCCGGCUAUACCCUCUAGUAGCUGAUGAUGGCCUGUCUAUCAAACCAAAAAUUGUUUCUUUGCUAAACAACUUGGUUGGCUUGAAUCAUGUCUUGAACUGUUUAUCUCUAUUGAAUGCCAGCUUUCUGGACGAUUCUUGCAACCCUGAUAGCUCGUUUGUUUUGAUGAGCUCCUACUUGGACAUCAUACUGCUGAUUAUAGAAGAAUCAAAUGACCAUCUAGUAUCCAGCUAUUUGCACAGUCAAAAAUACUCAAAUCAAUCAACCUAUAAUUUAACGUUUAACGAAAUUAAGUCCAUUUUUUUUGGUUCCAGAUUAUUCCAAAUAGUCAACAAUUCGGUUAUGAUAUGUGAAAGGCGCAAUAGACAUAUCCUGAUUAACAACCUAGCGAUAUUUCAUGAUGUAGAACUGUUUUUAAAAACUUUUUUGAUCAACCAAAUGCACUACUUAAUGACAAACCAAGUUAAUUUUAAUUUAAAUAACAAUUAUUCAAAUUUGGUUCAAUCUUUUCUUUAUUUGCAUCCAGUGGCUUCAUCCAUAUUAUUUGACAACAUGCUAAUUAGCAAUGUAAACAAUUUAAACUCAUUUAUUAAUUACUACAAUAAAAUCACUUUAAAUCAAAAAAUGAGCUUAAAUUAUCUUUUGCCAUAUCUUUUCAAAACUUAUCCUACCUCUCCAAUCCCAUUAAUUUACUUUUUUCACAAGUUCAGUCUCAACAAUCAUUCAGUAAUUGUUCCUUCCAUUUUUGACAACUUAUUAAACAAUUCCCUUCAUUCUCAAAUCAUUAUUUUUACUUCAUUUGUAUUAAAUUCAAAAUCAUCCAAUAAUCAUCUUCAAUUGUUUUCAGACAUUAUUCAAUCUUAUUGGGCUGAUCCUAAUUUUAUCAAAAAGCUGUCUUUGAUUAACCAAGAAAUCUUAGCAAGAUUUUUGUUGGUAUUUUUAAAUUUUUUCAAAAUUUCAAUUAAACUAGACAUUCAGAAUAAUAACGAUUUAAAUUUAUUUUUCUUUUUAAAACACUUUUUAUUAAAUCAAAAUCUACUUUUCUCAGUAAAUGAAAGGCUCAAUUUACCCAACGAAAAACUUAGAUUUCUUGGUAUGAUAAUAAUACAAGAAAUUUCAUCUAUUAUUUCAAACACCAUUUCACAAAAUACUAUCGACUCUACUCUUGAUGAGGAUUUUGUCUCAAUCGAUUUCCACAUUAAUCAAUUAAUUUCCUAUAAAACAGAAUUACUAAAUUUUAACAAAGGUAUUUAUCAAAAGGACUUAUCUCAAGAUUUUAAUAUCUUCACAAAUGAUUUAUUGAAUAAUAAAUAUUACAAGAAUAUUGAUAGCGAUCAGUUUAUUUUAAAUUAUAUAACUAGUAAAAAUCCUCGAAAUAUCGAAAAUCAACUGCAAACCCAACUUGAAACUAAACUGGAAACUCAAGCUCUUAAUCUUGAAAAACUAUCACUAAAUAACAAUUCAUCAAUCACUCCUCAAAAAUCUUACAAUUAUUUUGAUUCGGAUGAUGAAGACCUCAACGAUGCUGAAUACAAUUCUGAUGACUAUGAUGACCCUUCUAUCAUCAUAAAUAAAAAUUCAAAACCAAUGAAGCCCGUUUAUAUAAAAGAUUUGAUUUCAUAUUUAAACGACGAUUCUUCUCUAGAAAAACGAAGGAUUGCUUUAAAGGAAUGUGCCAACUUGUUGAGAUUUAAGAAUCAAUUUUCAGAUGAAAUCAAUUUUUAUUCUGUUCAGUUAGCUAGACUGCUAAUGAAUUUGACCUCGGACAAAUUUAAUUUGAAUAAAGAAAAUGAAAACGAUGUUGAUGUUGAUGUUGAUAAAGGGUUUAACUUUGAGGAACUAAGACUAAAAUCUUUAGUAUCUUGCAUAAUUUCAAAUGUUGAACAGGUCCCAGAAGUAUUAAUAAAACUAAUUUUCACUGGUGAUUUUUCUAUUCAGCAAAGAAUAUCUAUACUAAGUUCUCUUAGUUUAGCAGCAAGAGAAUUGAGAGGUUUUAAUGAUAAUGUUGCCUAUAACUCCAACACAAUAAAAAGUUAUUUUCCAACAAAAACUUUACCAAAGCAUCUUCAUGAUCAAUUCUUGUUAUUAGAUGAAGAUUAUCGUUUAAAAAAUAACCCUUCUCAAAACCUUUUGCCCUUAAAUUCUGGUGUUGAAAUUUUAUCAGCAAAAGUCUCUGACGACCUUAUGAUUUCUGGUCAGAAAAGGGUCAAAGAUGAGUUAAUCAAACAAAGCUACAGCUCUGAAACUGAUAAUACUAUGUUGAAAGAGGUGGGAAAAGUCUUAAGAGUAUCGUCAGUUUUACAAAAGAAAAAUAAUUUGGAAAACAAAUUCAAUCUACACCAUUUAUCAAACAUCACUGAUAAAUACUCAAAAAUUGCGGGAAAAUACUUUUUUUUCCCAUUAAUCGGUUUAUCCUUCAAUGUCUUUAAAAACGUUAAACUACACUCAAAACUUGAUACUUUUUCUGUAUUAUUUACAAGUCAGUUAGUAAAGACUUUAGGCUUACUUUUGCAUGCGUCUUAUCCCAAAAGUACCGAUCUCCAAGAAAUGAUAAAAGAACUUUUUGAUGUAUUAAAUUUAUUAAAAUUCGUGGCUCAAAAUGACACAAUUCUAGAAGCUCAUUUAUUUUGCUUAUCCAUUAUAUUAGAAAAUACAAAUGAAGAUAUUUUGGUUAAAAACCAUUCCAAAGUUUUAUUAAACUAUAAAGACUGGUUGGAACACAAAAUCAAAGACACAAUUAAGGAUGAUAAAAUCAAUUUACUAUUUUUUAAUUGUUUGGUUUAUAUAAAUAAUUUAAUUGAAAAGUACAAAGUUUCUUUUUUGAUACAAAUUUGA